GUGACCGGCCAGCGCGCUCCGCCGUCUGACCCGCUGUUGCUGGCUCCCUGGUCGGCGGCUGUACCUGCUGCUGGAGGCCCUGAGGGCGUGCGGGCGAGGGGCGGCCCCGAAAGUGGGAGGCGGCGGGGGAGCAGGUCUGCGGGACCGAGUGUCGCGGCGGCGCACCUCGCGGCGAGGAUCAAGAGGAGGAGGAGGAGACUGCGAGGAUAGGCCCAGGAGUAAUGGAGUCCAAAGACGAACAAGUGGUAAAAAAUCUCAACGCAGAAAAUGCCAAACAAGAAAAGGAAGGAGGGGAGCAGGCCCCCGUGCAGAAUGAAGAGGAAUCCCGCCAUUUGGGAGGGGGUGAAGGCCAGAAGCCUGGAGGAAAUGUCAGGCGGGGGCGGGUUAGGCGACUUGUCCCUAAUUUUCGAUGGGCCAUACCGAAUAGGCAUACUGAUCACAAUGAAGCAGGAGAAGAUGUAGAAAGGUUUGUAGGGCAGAUGAUGGAAGUCAAGAGAAAGACUAGGGAGCAGCAGGGGAGGAACUAUAUGCGCUUCCAAACUCCCGAACCUGACAAUCAUUAUGACUUUUGCCUCAUACCUUGAAUCCUAAGGUUUUCCCUGAGGUUCAUGUGGCCACUGCUUUACAAGCUUGUAUUUUUGUGAUUUACUUUUUCUGUAAACCUUUUGGUGUUUACAUUUAAUCAGUUUCUAAUUGAAUAUUGUUUUGUUUCAGUCUGAAAGUUUCUGUCAGCAUGGCAAUUUCAUCCAUUUUAGGAAAAUAUUGUUUUCCUAAUAUGAAAUUAAUAAAGCAGUUUAAAAAGCA